AUGUCUAUAGAGACCAUUCUGUGCCUGAAUCAGUUCCAUGUUUGGUUGUUGCUAUUUGCUUCCUACCCACAUAUAAUGAAUAAAGACAACUUACUCCAUACUGACACCAACAUGAAAAUCACCUUGUUCUCUGAACUGGGUAUUGGGAUCUCAGCUAACAGUAUCCUUAUUUUUGCCCACCUCUGCAUGUUCAUUGGUGAGAACAGGCCUAAGCCCAAUGAUCUCUACAUUGUUUUCUUGUCCCUAACCCAACUAAUGCUGCUUAUAACUAUGGGACUCAUAGCUGUGGACAUGUUUAUGUCUGGGGGGAGAUGGGAUUCUACCACAUGCCAAUUCCUUAUCUAUUUGCACAGGCUUCUGAGGGGCCUCACCCUUUGUGCUUCCUGUUUGCUAAAUGUCCUUUGGACCAUCACCCUUAGUCCUAGAAGCUCCUGUUUAACAAAGUUUAAACAUAAAUCUCCCCAUCACAUCUCAGGUGCCUUUCUUUUCCUCUGUGUCCUCUAUUUGUCUUUUAGUGGUUACUUCUUAGUAUCGAUUAUUGCUACCCCCAAUUUGUCCUCAGAUAAUUUUAUGUAUGUUACUCAGUCAUGCUCACUUCUACCCCUGAGUUACUCCAGAAAAAGCCUGUUUAUCACAUCGAUGGCCACCAGGGAAGCCUUUCUCAUUGGUCUCAUGGUCCUGUCCAGCGGGUACAUGGUAGCUCUCCUAUGGAGGCACAAGAAACAGGCCCGGCACCUUCACAGCACCAGCCUUUCUUCAAAAGCAUCCCCAGAACAAAGGGCCAUCAGGGUCAUCAUACUGUUCAUGAGCUUCUUUGUGGUUCUCUACAUUUUGGACACUGUUAUCUUCCACUCAAGGAUGAAGUUCAAAAAUUCCUCAAUAUUGUACUGUGUCCAAAUUAUUGUGUCCCAUAGCUAUGCCACAGUCAGUCCUUUCGUGUUUAUUUGGACUGAAAAGCAUAUAAUUACAUUUUUGAGGUCAAUGUGUGGCAGAAUAGUAAAAAUAUUUGAUUAUUCAGUGAUGGGUAUGGUCCCUUAA